AAUCACCACUCCCAUUCGCACCAACAAUCACUCAAAUGGCUUCUUCUAACUCUACACUAUUCUUCCCCUUGUUUUGCAUAUUGGGUUUGCUGGUGGGACACUCUUUGGCUCAACUAAACCCUUUGUUUUACGCCAAAACAUGUCCUAAUCUACCCAAUAUUGUGAAUACUGUCGUUGCAAAGGCUCUCCAGACCGAUGCUCGAGCUGGAGCCAAGCUAAUUCGUCUCCAUUUUCAUGACUGCUUUGUUGACGGGUGUGAUGCGUCUGUUUUGCUAGAGAAUGCACCAGGUAUAGAGAGUGAACUAGAUGCCCCUGGAAAUCAAGGUAUUCAAGGUCUUAACAUUGUCGACGACAUCAAAUCCGCUGUCGAAAAGGCUUGCCCUCGCACUGUCUCUUGUGCUGACAUCUUAGCCAUUGCCUCCAAAGAAUCCGUCGUAUUGGCUGGAGGGCCGAGCUGGGUUGUGCCGUUAGGACGAAGAGACAGCAGAACAGCCAAUAAAGAAGGAGCCACGAACAACCUCGCCAGUCCCUUUGAAGAUCUCAAUGCACUCAAAGCCAAGUUUGGUGUUUUCGGUCUCGAUUCCACUGAUCUCGUGGCUUUGUCAGGAGCACAUACAUUUGGUCGUUCAAGGUGCGCAUUUUUCAGCCAACGAUUCGCUAACUUCAACAAUACGAACAUGCCAGACCCAACGCUGGACCCAGCCUACAGAAAUCAGCUCCAAAGAAUUUGCUCAAGUGGGUCAGAGACAAGAGCCAAUUUUGAUCCGACGACACCAGACAGAUUUGACAAAAACUAUUACACCAACCUUCAAGGGCUACGGGGACUUUUGCAAAGUGAUCAAGUACUGUUCUCAACUCGUGGGGCUGACACAGUGGGGAUCGUAAACCGGUUUGCCAAAAAGCAAGGCGAGUUCUUCAAAAGUUUUGGUCAGUCUAUGAUAAAAAUGGGAAAUAUUACUCCUUUAACUGGGAACAAAGGAGAGAUUAGAUUGAAUUGUAGGAGGGUUAAUCCAAGAAGGCCCAGAACUGAUGAAGGUCGUGAUGUUAUGUAACUUUGUUUAGUUAGUUGUGGUUUUGGAUGGUUUUGUAUGUCGUUGUUUUAUGGUUUGUUCUUCAAAUAAAACUAAGUUUUAAUGUUU